AUGAAUGCCAUGAGACUGCAUGUUCACACUCUCGCCCUUCUUCCUCGCAUGAAAAUGACUAAGGAUGCAUAUCUUCACCGCCCGCUGCCAUGCGUUAAACUAUGGGCGAAAAAAAUCCUCGAGAAAGACCGUCGCCAGCUGCUCUUGGCGUAUAAACUUGACCGCACAAUGACCGUCGUGUUUAAGAAGAAGGAAUCUGAAUUGAAGACUCGAGAGGCGAAAUUCAAGAAAAUUCCUGCCAAGAUCCUCGUCUCUAUCCCACCGGACCCCGACCUCGCCGCGCAGUUCGUUCCCAUGGCAACCCAAGACGCCGCUGUACAGGAGUCGCCCAGCAUGUCACAGAACGAGGUCAACACGGAGACGAUCGACUUCGCGAGCACCGGCGUCAACCACACGGAGGGCGGCUGGCCAAGGGACAUGUCCACGACGGACAAGGAUCAGAAGGUUCGCUACAGGAAGAAGGUUGAGAAGGACGACGUGUACAUCCACUCGGUGCUGCAGCUUGGGCAGAGGGUCGAGCACUGCAUCCGCCAGAACAACGCCAUCGACAUCUACGAGAUGUACUUCACCGACGAAGGGGGUCCUAUGGUGGCCGAGCCUGAGCUCAAGACCGUGAACGUGAUCCGUGACCGCAAGGAGGUCAGAGGGAUGGUGACCUCGAUCAGUUUUUGUCCCGAAGGAGGUCACAAGAUCGCCGCCGCCUACUCCUCGUCCAAAUUCCUGGCGCUGACGGACGCCGUGCCGAAAAUGUCGUACAUAUGGGAUAUAAACACAAGCAGCAGCCCGGAGAUGGAAUUACACGCUCCUUCCUGGCUACAGUGUAUCAAGUAUAAUAGCAAGGACACGCAUGUUAUAGCUGCGGGGCUCUACAACGGGCAGGUGUCGUGGUGGGACACGCGGCAAGGCCCCCGCCCCGUGGAGUCGACGUCGCUGGAAGUGAGUCACGCGCAGACGGUCACUGCGCUCACGUGGAUGGCGCUCAAGGCCCGGACGGAGCUCUUCACGGUGUCUACAGAUGGACAGGUACUGUGGUGGGACACACGCAAACUCUCUCAACCCACGGACACCCUCGUCCUCGACCCCCUGAGGGAGGACCCGCCCAACCUCGCAAGGGCGUUGACUGCGACCUGCGUGGAGUACGAGGUCAGCAUGCCCACGAAGCUGAUGGUGGCCACGGAGCAGGGGAAGGUCGUGGCCUGCAACAGGAGGGCCAGGAGUCCACCGGACAGGAUCAGUAUGAUCUACAACGCCCACAUCGCGCCCAUCUACGCCAUCCAGAGGAACCCUUUUCUGCUCAAGAACUUUAUGACGGUGGGCGACUGGACGAUCAAACUGUGGGCGGAAGACUUCAAGGAAUCGCCCAUUCUGUGGACCAAACCUUCGCCGUCACAGGUCGGUUGCUCGGUGUCUGUCUAUGCGGAGCGGCUGUUGGAGUGCCACAAGGUCUUCGGUCUUGUUCACAGCCCGGCUCGAUGGCACUCUGGAUGCCUGGGACUUUUUGACCUCUUGGCACGCACCCUCGGCUUCCGUUCAGGUAGUCGACGAAGGCCUGGAGGUGGUGGGGCUCACGACGGGGGGCGCCUCCUGGUGGUGGGAUCUCAGCUGGGCACCCUGUCCCUCCUGCACGUCCCCUCCAGGCUGGUCACGCCCUCGGACAAGCAUGAGAAGGCGGCUUUCACUUCGCUCCUGGAGCGGGAGACGAGGCGGGAGCGGGUCCUCGAAGCUCGCCACAAGGAGCAGCGCCUGAGGGAGCGGGUCCGAGGAGGCGGCGCUGGCAGGGGGCUGAUGAGGCGAGCCGAGGAGAGCCACGAGGGAGACGAGGCCGUGAAGCGAGCUGAAGAGGAGUACCUGAGGCGAGUGGAGCAGGUGAGGGAGAAUGGGUACUGGAGAGGAGAGGAUUCCGCAGAUGGCUCGGAGGCGCUAAUGGGCUUAGAGGAGGAUCAAGGAGGCAAAAAAAGGCUAAGGGACACGCAAUAUCCUGCCGAAGGACACUUCCUCAGGACGCGUGGAGGAUGGCCAUCUUAUGCCCCGAAGAAGGAGCUUGGAGCUAGAAGGGGCAUAAUCGCCUAUUUCAACACGUUUCGCUUGUUUAGCCUGUUUACGUGCUCAGCCUAA